CCACAAUGCAUUUCACGUCCACUUCCGAAGGUGCGUCAUACUCAACAUGGCCGCUCUCAUAACAGUCUCGUAACAGUAGUACUUGUUAUUAGCUUGUUUUGUCUUUUUCAUUUACAAUUUCUAUCGCCUUCUUUCGCUUAAACUUGCUCGGAUGAAAGCUCUACAGAAUGCCCAAAUAUUACGAGGAUAAAGAGGAAGAUGGUCGUGCAUGCGCUGGAAUUAGAGAGGAUUUUAAAGCUUGUCUCCUUCAGCAUGACUGUGUGGUGAAGGACGGCAAGAAGCCCAGUGAGUGUCUGAAGGAGGGACAUUGCAAAGGUUUGCAGGUGGCUUUCUUUGAGUGCAAGAGAUCCAUGCUGGACACACGAUCUCGAUUCCGAGGCAGAAAGGGAUUCUGAAUAACAGCUCCUGUGUGUUUAUUGUGAAGAUAAAGCAUGAACAGAAGACGUUAAGACAUGAUAGAAAUCUUUUUUAUUUUUAUGCAAAUAUUUCUUCAAA